AAUCACAGCCGGUCGCUCACUCGCCCUGCGCCAUGGUGUGGGCAGCGCUCCGGGGCCGAGCCCCGGGUCGGGCUGCCGAGGGGAAGGGGAUGGUUGUGUCUCGCUGAACCGAGUUACUUUUCACGGGUUCGGGUUUAACGAUAAUGAUCCGCUUCGCGCUUUGUAAGGAUCUCAGACCCAGAGCCAAUGUCACGGCCCAAGGUAGGAGCAUGGCGCAUCGUAAACCUACAUUGCGAUGUCCUCCAGAGCCGGCCUUGUCGCCACCCUCGUCCACUACAUUUACAAUACUGUCCCGAACAUGCGAAGCAGUGACCAGAUGGAUUGCUUCCGUAACCGUCAUAAAACUGAACCAGAGGAAAACCGUCGUAGUCAAAGACGCUACACCCCCAGUCGUCCAAAGGUCAAUGGUUGGAGCUGGCCACCCCAUCCCUUUCAGAUUCUAUCUUGGAUCGCCGACUUGUACUUCCUUAUCGUUGUAGUGGGUAUACUUAUCCCUCUUCUUCCAUCAGGAUGCGUACCUGCUGGCUACGUUUGGUUUGGUGGUGCUUUUAUUUGGAACGUAGCUUUUCAGGUGAUUGCAGUCACCAUCGACCCAGCUGAGGAUAGCGUUCGGGCCAAGGGAUAUAAAAGAUUACCCCCGGUGUACAAAGGCAAACCACUUAAAUCUGGUCUCCGUGAGCGUUACUGCCCACUUUGUGAACUUCAGGUGUGUCAAAAUUCCCAUCACUGCAAUCAAUGCAAGAAGUGUGUAGGUAAUUUUGAUCAUCACUGUAAGUGGCUCAACAAUUGUGUAGGAGGCAGAAAUUACCGGUACUUUCUGGGCUGUGUUAUCUCUGCUGUCCUUUGUUGUCUGAUAGUCGUCACCAUUUCAGGCUUUGUCUUUGUUGGAUUCUUUAUAAAUCCAAAACUGCUUCAAAGCAGCCCAGAAUUUGGAUUGAUAAAUGAUGCAGAUACCUGGCAUGUAUUUCUGCCAUAUUUUUCGGUUCGUACAAACUUCAGUACUAUUCUUGUUCUCGCUGUGGUCACUGUUGGACUAAGUCUGACUGCACUGAUAGUUUUGUGCGAUCUUCUGUUCUUCCACUUCUACCUUAUGUGGAAACAAAUAAGCACUUACGAAUAUAUACUUUUCAGCCGUGAACGGCGAGUGUCGAAAGUCUCACCACAAAGUGAUGAUAUAGAAGCUUUACGAUUGAAAUCUAAUCAGAAUGCAGAAAACGUGGCAACUCAUCAGAACGGUAACACUCACGUUCACUUUGAGAGCACCUCAACAAAUGGGUCAACAUCAGGGUAUCAUCAGGAUGCUGUCAUGAUAGAGGAUGAAACUUUGCCAACAGUUGCUUCUGAUCGUAGUCAAGCCAGGAUAAAAAGGAUUUCACAGAAGGCUGCAAUCAGGACCACUAAAAGACCAUUUCGACCUUCUCAACUACCACCAGCUCUUGCUGCUGCUAUUCGGAGUUCAGUGCUCUCUCUCCAAUCCUUCCCAUCGAUGGAUUAUCUGUCUGCUUUAUCAGCGAGCACUGUCCGCUCCGUGCAGGCUGCUGGAUCUCCAGCUGAAUACCGUUCAGACUCUGCAGAGUCUGGAUGAAAUCCCGGUGGUCCAGACAAGACUCGGCAGUGCAGCAGUGGCCAUGCAGACCAGCACAACCUUCCACAGCACAGCAAAUUCUCUGCAGAUUGUGAUUUCCGAAAAGUGCCGUAACAAAAGACCGGAUCAGCCAAAUGCCUCUUCCCAAAUAAAGAUAGGGCCUAAACCUGGAUCUGUGAACUGGAGACUGUCCAGAUUCUUUCCCAUGUCAAGAAUAACUUGGAUGAUAAAGUACACACAGCAACUGGAUGAGUUUCAUGUUAAAGCUGGUCCCAGUGUUGGUCAUCACUCCUAAAGAGAUUGAAUCGAUUUCAUUCUGGUAUUUUUGUACGGAUGUUAUUUAUCACUUAGCAUAUAUCCAUAUACAUUAUGAGGCCAUUUCUUAAAUGGAACUGCUUCUCAGGGACUGGUUCAGUGUGACGGUUUUGAAGUGUCACCUCAGUUGUUUUUUAAUAUUCUGUUUACAGUCCAAUUAACAAAUCUGAGGGGGAGAAAACACCAUUUAACUGCUUCUUUUAAACACUUUUCCUAAAACCGCAGCAUUUAUUUUGUGUGGCCUUGGCAAUCUUUUAAUGGCAAUGUGACAUUGCUCUUGUUUUAUUGAAAUUUUAUUUCUAUGAUAUUUAAUAGUUAAUCUCUGAAAGUAUUAUAGAUAUAACUUUAAUUUUAUUUUUUUAAGACUACAACUUUAUCUCUGUACUAAAAUAAAUUGUUUUAA